CUUUAGCUCCAUGGCUGAGCUGUUGUUAGACCCGGCCAUCAGAACAUGGGUGUUUCUCCCAAUCGUGCUGAUCACGUUCCUUAUCGGUAUGGUCCGACAUUAUGUGGCAAUGCUAUUCGCCACCAAGAAGGAAGUAGAACUGCAACAAGUGCAAGACAGUCACGUCCUCAUACGAAGUCGACUUUUGCGUGAAAAUGGAAAGUUCAUUCCGAAACACUCGUUCAACAUGCGCAAACAGUACUUCAACGACGAAGACUCAGGCUAUUUCAAGACAGCACAACAACGUCAGACGGUUAUGCUGAACAUGAUGACAGAUCCCUCGAUGAUGACAGACAUGUUAAAAGGCAACGUCCUCAAUGUAAUACCGAUGUUAGUGAUCGGUGGCUGGAUUAACUGGACGUUUUCUGGCUUUGUUACAACAAAAGUGCCAUUUCCACUGACUCUUCGUUUCAAACGAAUGCUGCAGCAUGGAAUCGAACUAGCUUCCCUGGACGCUUCAUGGGUGAGCUCAGCUUCUUGGUAUUUCCUCAACGUAUUUGGCCUGCGUUCGAUAUACACCUUAGUUUUGGGAGAAGAGAAUGGUAAGAGAAUAACUUUGAUAAUUUAAAA